GGGUGACCGUCACGUGACCUGGCGAGGCGGCGGUACUGGGCUGAGGGAAUGUGGGUCCUUGCGGGGCUCGGUGGCGGGUUAUUGGGGCGUGGGGGUUCCUGUAGGGUUGGGAAGGGAAUAUGCGGCAUCCCCCUGGAGCUGUGGGUGCCUGGACGUGUUCUGGGGACCCCACGGGGCUGGGAAGGGAGUGAGGAAGUGGGGGUCUCACGAGGCUGAGGGGGCACGGGCCUGUUGUGCGCAGUAUUCCUCUGAGACUCGGGAGAAAGAGCCGGGGGUCUCCGUGCCUGGUGGGGCCGUUUUCCCCCCGACUCCCCCUCCUCCCUUUUAUUCCCCUCUCGCAGACCAUGGCCGUCCCUCUUUCCCCCACGCUGGUGCUGGGCGAGGCCUCGGAGAGCGACUCAGAGCCGGAGCCGGGGGGGAACACAGCCGGGACUCCCGCAGUGGGGCUGAAGGUUCCGGGGGAGGCGUCGGAGACCGAGGAGGAGGAGGAAGAGGACAGUGCGGCCCGGAUGCCGCUGCCAGGGGUGUCCAGGGGGGGCCCCUCACUGCUGCAGCAGAGGCUGGGGGCGGGCGAGGGGCGACUGCGGGGCGCAAUGGCUGAGGCACUGGGACACAGUUUCAGUGGGGCUGCGCGGCUGCUGGAAGGUCUGGGGGGGCCCCUGGGCCACGCCCAAGCUGGGGCAGCUGCGACCGCGCACUGCCUGUGCCUGGUGCGCCGUGACGUGCGCGCUGUGGCUGCCACCGUAGCCACCAUCACCGCCUGUCACCUGCUGCCUGACAUCCGUGGGGAGCUGUGAGAGUGGGAAUGUCUGUGGGGGGGGGGGGGGGGGGGCAGUGCUGGCAGCUGUGGGGAGCUCCUGGCGUUGUUGUUGCAGUGUCACUGACACUGACCUUCAGCACUGUGUCUAAUGGACUCGAGGGUUGUGGUUGUCACUGAUGACAUUCUCAUUGUCACUGCAUUGCCAGUGCUGUGUCCCCUUGAGCUGAUGCUGCCAUCAACAGCACUGCCGCUGAUCGCUCAGUGUCCCAGCGAUGUCCCUGUGUCACCUGGCCUGUGGGGACCUUGGCCUCACAGUGACGUUGUCAGUGAAUGGAAGCUCCUGACGAUUGAUUGAUGCAGAAUUCUGUAGUUUUGCCCUGUAUAGGGGAUCUGUGGGUUCUGGCACUGACUAAAGCCCUUUGGAGACAUAGCUGCAGCAAGGACACAGCUUUCACUAGGUGGGUGGCAGUGUGUUCACCCACGGCACUGUGGUCCCAGUGGUCUGAGCAAGGUCCCUUUUGUUGCCCCCCAUGUCUUUGGGCUGUGGUUGUGUCCUUUGCGUCCCUUCCUGCCAUAUGAAUGUCUCCAGCAUCUGGCCACUGUCCCCAAGCUGUGGCUAUGUCCUGUCACCCUAAGUGCCCCUUGGCCUUGUCCUUAGCUCUCUCCUACCUCUGUGUACCCCUCUGAGAACUUCAGCCAGGGACAGGGAGAAGUACAUACGAAUCUCACACCACGGAGCCACAUGGGUCUGUCACGCUGCAUCCUGCCUGGGCUGUCACGUCCUGUGGGACACCAGGGGAUACACCCUGGGUGCUAGUGGGCUUGUGGCACCAAAAUGCCCGGGGCCUGAUGAGGGUCCUGGGGGCUCCUGGCGUCUCCAGAAGGGUCCCAACUGUCCCCAGGGACUGACCUGAGGGGUAGUGGAAAACCAGGAUGAAGGUUCACUUUCCCCAUUCCCCUGUGUUGUGGCAAAGGGGAAAGGUUUUGUGAAGAGCACAGUGGUGUUGGAUUCUGUUCAUAAAGAUUCUAGACCUCAGUUCCCUUCCCGUAUCCAAAUUAGAAUGAAAGAUAGUAUUAACAAUUCAUCUUUUGAGGAAGAACCUCUGAGCACUUGUAACUGGCAGUGCUUUGAUAUUCUAGGUAACCUGUUCCAUAAGGAGUGCUGGGUGAUGCUGACUGAUACUGUCAAUUGUGAGCAUGCUCCACAGAAAGUUUCCCUCUGUGGGAGUGAGGAAACAAAAUGUGGUGAUUCAGUACUGUGGGGUUAUUAUGGGGUUACUAGAGUCUAGGAUUCUAGAGUCUGAGGAUUCUAUGAAUUGAUUAUUGGAGGAUUCUAUGAGGAUGCUAUGAGGAUACCAGCUCCUGUGAUUAUAAGUUCUGUUAUUUCAGAUUCUGUGAUCGUUUCAUGAUUCUAGAUUCCUUGACUCUGUGAUGAUUCUGGGCUUCAGUUGUGUGGUGAUUCUGAUUCCUCACUAAGAGUAUAGAUUCCCAGACUUGUAGCUACGCAAUACGAUGCGUUUCCAUCUCCACUCCUGUGCAUAGUGUGUGGCAUAGUUCUGAGUGCCUGACACAGCCCAAGCAAAAUCAAUUUCUGUAGGUUAUUACUAAAUAAAAAAAUAAAUCAAUAAAUUUCUUGCUUUA